UUCUAUGGGACCAGAUAGGACUGUAAUUUGUUAUUCAAUCUUGUAUCGAAAUUGCCGAAGAAGUCGUGAGUUUUUCCGAAUCACUUGCAUUUUGUAUUUUUAUGUGUUGAAAAGCAGGCAGGCCGAAAUAUGUUGCAGGAAUACGAAGACGACUAUUUUCUGGAGGAAGAUAAAAUUGCCAUUAGUGAAGGACGAGAAGAGUCGCUGACGAAAAUGUCCCCAAAUCGCAUCAAUCAAAACGAAAAUGAACCUUUGUUGAUACUCGGGAUUGAUGGCGCUGAGUCGACGCUAGAUAACCGUCCAAGCAUUGAUCCUGACGAUAGUCCCUUAGAAAGCACCGAAAAGGGUAAGGUGAAGGAUGAGAUUGUUUUCGUUUCGAACAAUGAUUUACCAGAUCCGGUGCUGUAUGCCGACGGUUGUGUAGAUGAUUCUAAGAUCAUAAUGCUCUGCCAGAAGCAGGAGAUGGAGAGAUUGGGAAUGACUGUCAGUUCCGGGACAGUCGUUAUCAAGAAGGAUACUACUAAUCUCAUAGGCAUAAGUAUCGGUGGAGGAGCUCCACUCUGUCCCUGUCUCUACAUAGUCCAGGUAUUCGAUGGAACACCGGCGGCGCACGAGGGAACGUUACAGAGCGGUGACGAACUACUGGGGGUGAACGGCGUUUCUGUGAAGGGCAAAACUAAAGUAGAAGUAGCCAAAAUGAUACAAGCUGCCACCGAAGAAGUUAGCAUCCACUACAAUAAACUGCACGCGGAUCCCACACAAGGCGAAACAUUGGAUAUAGUACUCAAGAAGAUGAAACAUCGGCUGGUAGAGAAAAUGUCCAGCAGCACCGCUGACACGUUGGGCUUGUCGAGAGCAAUUCUUUGUAACGACUCGCUGGUAAAGCGUUUGCAGGAACUCGAACGGACUGAAUCAAUGUACAAAGGUUUGGUGGAGCACGCCAAAAGAAUGCUGAAGGCUCAUUUCGAUGUUCUUCAAACGUAUCAAACAUUUGGAAAUAUAUUCGCUGCCAUCAGCGUUCGCGAACCGCAACCGCGGGCUUCGGAAGCUUUCCGUAUUUUCGGCGAACUGCACCGCAACAUGGAAAAAGAUGGAAUCAAAAUGAUCAAGAAUUUGAAACCUAUCCUGGCGGACAUGGGCACAUAUUUGCAUAAGGCUAUUCCGGACACAAAACUGACUGUGAAGCGGUAUGCUGAUGCCAAAUUCACGUAUCUUUCAUAUUGCCUAAAAAUAAAGGAGAUGGACGACGAGGAACAUAGUUAUGCUGCUAUCCAAGAGCCGCUCUAUCGCGUCGAAACGGGAAACUACGAGUAUCGUCUUAUUCUACGUUGUCGCCAGGAGGCUCGCGUAAAGUUUGCCAAAUUGCGUAGCGAUGUUUUGGAGAAAAUUGAAUUGCUCGAAUGUAAACAUGCCCGAGAUUUGGCCGCGCAGCUGAGGACAUUUAUUCAAGGCCUAUCUACACUGGCGAAUGAGACAGUCGAGCGAUUGGAAUCGGUUCCAAAUCUUUUCCCAAUCGAAGUUGAUUUGAAGCCCAGUGCAUUUCAGUACAAAUCGGCUCUCAGGUUCCAACCGGAGGAGGAAGUGGAAGAGGAGGUUCAUCAAGCCGAAGAAGCGGUGGAAAUACCCGUGUUAAGCUCGACCAAUCGAAAUGGUUCGUACAACAAUGGAGAAGGUUCAAUCGAUCAACUUCUGGCGGGAUUUGAUGAAAUUGAUUUGAACAAAGGCAACAUCGGUGUUAGUAACGACCUUCUAGUCGAACUAGGUUUGGAUGGUAUAGAUUUGUCUGUAGGUAAACAAGUGGCGGGCGCAAAUCUAAUGGACGAUUUAUUAGUACCUAAUUUGGGAAAUUUCGGAAAGUAGGAUAUGUAUAAGACAAUGUGCUGAACUGAUCGUUAUGUUGUGUCUAUUCAAAAUUAUAUACAAUAUUUUAUCAGUAAACUAA